GGUUUUCGAAGAGUUCCAAAGAAGAAAGAAAUACCUGUUUUACAACACAGGUCACUUAUCAGGUAGUCGGGUAGUGUAGCAGACUUGAAGGUUCCCGAGAUCAUUGAAGAAUGGCACCACAUGGUGGAAAAGUUCUAGGUCCACCUCGUUUGACCACAUUUCUGCGCUUAAAUGCAAACAUAAGCCGGCAUGUUGCUGAGGAUGAGUAUGAUCUAGCACACAUUUUGGCAGUUAAGCGGGAACAACGGCGCCAACGAAUGAAAGAACAUGGAGUAACAUGGUCGCGCAUCAAGAGUGGGGUGGAACAUCUGGGCAGAGCCAAUGAUAUAAAUCUUGAUUGCUACCUAAGGGAAGUGUGGGAAGUUGCUCGACAAGUUGCUCCAGAGCUUGACACUAGGGAUGAAGCUGCAACGCUGCUCUUCACAAACUCGCAUGACCACUCUGUCCUCACUGUCAAACAAAGGCUCAAGAUGCGACAAAUGUUCGGCGAUGUUAAGCCACUUCUGAUUGAGAGGGCUCACAAGGCUGUCCGCCAUAUUGCAGAUUUAGUGGGUCAAGAGGACUUGGUAGAAAUGGUGAUUAAUCUUCAGACACCAGAGGAUAAAAUUAUGUUUGGUGCUAACAUUAAGGUAAAAAGGAAUUUGCUUUUUGACAGAUUGCACACAGCAUCAAAGUUAUGUUUUGGAUGAUUGUGGUUGUUGUGU